CUAAUUGCGGGCAGAACGCUCACUGCUUUCUCAACGGUCAUUCACGUUGGCGGGUGAUCAUCGUCAGGAAAGAUUCCGAAGUGUCGAAUUCCCGCCAUUGUCAGUUCUCUGCGUAGAACAACAACAACUGGUCUUCACCCUCGCGGUUCAAGGUCAACUUCGACAUCCACCGUUCGAAGGCACAGCCCCGAACACGAUGAAGGCGAUAAACUGGCUGAGGUGGCUUCUGGUGGCCUGCGUUUGCUUGGCUCUUCUGCCGAACUGCUCCGCGAGAUACAAAUACCGUCAUCAGCAGCCACAGAUGUACAAGAAAUCGUGGCCGGUCGGACCGAGAAUAUCGGGCAUGGGCAAUCACGUUCACAUAAACGUUGGACCGUCGAGUUACAAGCACAACAGACACCCCCACAAACCGAGCAACAACAAUUACAACAGAUACUCGGCACCGAAUCCCGUCCGACGUCCGAUGAACCAAGUUUUCGCUGUACUUCCGGCGUGGAAGACGCAGGCGAUUUUGGGCCAGCUGGCGAAUCAAGGUGCCCUCCCUCAGCGGGGUCCGCUGAAGGAAUUCCAUUCCAUGAACAAGGUCGCCGAAUACAGUCCGGAGUACAGACCGGAAGCGGCGAUGCCACCUUCGCCGAGCCACGGGCACAUGGACGACGACAAGGGGCCGAUUCACACGAUUCCCGCACCAAAUUUGAGCCCGGCCGACAAACCGUACAACAUGCCCUCCCACAAUUAUCCUCCCCCCGAUUCGGAUUAUACCCAGAGCAUACCGGGACCACCGCUGCAGUCCACCGUCUCGAAUUACAACGUAUUCGGUACCCAGGGAACGAGCCUGCCCCCCCAGAGAACAACCGCGGGCCCCACGAGCCCGGCGCCGACUCUGCAUCGCUACGAGGUCACCGAAACCAACGAGAUCGGGCCGCAGGAUUAUCGCACCGUGCAGCCCGGUUACUUCACCCCCGAGUUCGACGUGACGAGGCUCUCCGACUUCGCGAGCACCGGAAGCCGCACCAGCGAAGUCUACGCCGGUCGUCCGGGCUCCAGUUCGAACACUGGAUUGAUCGGAACGGGCCUACAAUACGGCCAGCAGAACGGGCCGAUGCAAACGAAUCUGCACAGUUCGCUGUACGUCGGAUUCCCGGGUAGCGCUUUGCAAUCUCAACCGCCCUCCGAAUCUCCGGAUGAACGGGAAUCGCCCGAACUCCACGUGGGGCAUCCCGCGCCCGCCGGACCUCCGCUGUCCGCUGAUCAGUUGUACGAUCUGCUCAACAGUUUCCCGCAACAAUUCAACAACGAACAACAAUCGGCGGGUCAACAGCAACAACAGUACGCGGUUCAGCAGCAACUGGAUCAGCUGUUUCAGCCGGAAAGUAGCUCGUCCACUCAAUUUUCACCGCCUCAGAUGCACUCGUUCAACUACGACGAACAGUCUAACAAGAGGCAACGGCAACGGCAACAGCAGCAGCAGCAGCAACAACAACAGCAACAACAGCAGCAGCAGCAGCAGCAUUUAUUCGCCGGUCAGGAUUACGCCUCGGGACGCGUAACGGCGGACUACAGUUUGGAGCCGGAUAACCGUGACAUAGUCAGGAGUACAUCGGUCUCCUCGUAUCCCGGUGACACCGUUGACGCGGAGAACCACAUCGAGUACGAGGAGAAACGGGACGGGCAGACAAUUUACUUGAGUCAACUUACCGGGGACGGUAGUCUGUCCAGUCAAUUUUAUACGACCUUGCCGAGCCGCGACGCUGCGGAGAAACUCGCGGCCCUAGCAGCUGCGGGGAACGUGAACAGCCAUCUGAUAGGUCAGCUUAAAAAACAGCAUCAGAGCGGCAGGAAGGGUGAGGUAAAUCCUUAUCCUCCGAACCACAGAGACGCUGACGACGAGGAGGAGACCAGGUUCCAACAGCCUCCGAGGUUCGGUCAUCGUACAAAGCAACAGCGGGAAAGGGAACAGGAAAAAAAUGUACAGGAGGAGCAAAAUUAUCAGCAAGAAAAAGAGGAUAAAAGACCUUUGAGAAUUAUGGUACCUGAUCUCGAGGAGUAUGGGGAUGAUGUCGAACAGAGGGCGGGGGCCAGAAUAGACGGAGAUUCGACGAGGGGUUCCAGGGAGGAUUACGAAUACGAGGAACCGGAUGAGUUGCCACGUGGACCAGAAGUCCCGGAGGAAGCACCUGGAAGACAGGGGAGCCAGGGCAGCGAAACUCAGUCGGUCUACAGAGGGCCUUUCAGCUCCGAGUUCGGAUCCCGUCUUGGCCCGAUAACCGAAUGA